AUGGAAGUCUCAGUUGAAAAAUUGCUGGAGCAUGCUUCCGCCAAUUCUGAAAAGUUGGAACUGCUGAAAGAAGAAAAACUGCGAGUGUACGACAUUCUUGAACAUUCCGGUCGUCAAACGCACGAUGAAACGUUCUCGAGAAUGAAUGGUCAGGCGAGAUUGGACAAGGACAUCAUAAAAGUGGUCAGGUCAUUCACUGAAAAGCUGAAUGAUAUGGCGAGAAUUGCCGAAGACAGUGAGAAGAAGCUUCGAGAGGCCAGCAAACAAAUGCACGAGAUGAAAAGCACGUACGAUCAGGAGUUGCAAGAGAGAGAUCGAAACAUCAGAUACCUGGCUGGCUGCUUGGAGAAGUCGGAGAAAGAAUCAAAUGAAAGAAAGGAAGAAAUGGAGAAAAUGAAAAAGAAAACUGAGCAGGCCACGUUGAGGAUUGCCGAGUUGGACGACCAAGUGAGAUACUGGGAGAGAUACAGGCAUUACGGCUACUGGUACACGAGACGUGAUCGCGACGACAAUCAGCUGUCAAAAAGCAUGAAAGAACUGAACCUGGAGAGUAAAGUUCCAUCCGUGGCCAUUCCAAGGACGAAAAAGUUGCUAACUUCCAGGCUCAACUCGCAGAACCGAAAACUCGAGGAAAAGAAAUCUCAGUCUGCCGGCGAGUCGACCAACUAA